GGAGUGCUCUUUCGUUCCGUGCUACUGCGCGCUCUGGAAUACAGGAGCAACCCCCCGUGGCUGCUAACGCUUUCUCCAUCGGUCGUUGCAUGCGCAAUAGACGACUCAGCUGUCGAUUCCGCCUGUGCUGAAUUAGUUCGCAUCAAUUGCUGGCAUCUCCUUUCUGCGGGCGGGCACGAAAAAUAGUUCUCGCUCUGCUGCAUGCCUGAGAGGAGAGGAGGACUGCUGAGGGAAGGACUUGACGUGACUGGGUAGGGUCGGGCCGUGACGGAGAGACGGAAACAAGUUGGGGAGAAAAAAAGGGGAAAAGCUGUUUCUUACUUGGACUCCUCCUCCACCUCCUCUUCGUCCUCGUCCAUCCAGGCUGCUCCUCUUCCAGUCCUGUGGCUCCGUCUGCCUCCCUGGAUGCCCUGCGUCCUCUCUGUCUCUCACCAGUAACAGAGGAACGGAACAGCCGCCGCCAUGACCGACGCCGUGAUGGGAAUGAGGGGCGUCCACGCCAAUGACAAUGAGCAGGGCAACUGGAGCACACCGCCAGCUCCUAAUGCGGGGCCCGAUCUGACAGACGAGGAGAAGGAGAUCAUCAACAGCGUGAUCGCUCGGGCCGAGAAGAUGGAGGCCAUGGAACAGGAGAGGAUCGGACGGCUGGUGAAUCGGCUGGACGACAUCAAGAAGACGGUGUGCGGGGACGGAGUGUCCCGCUGCCUGCUGUGCGGACAGCAGCUGGGGGUCCCCGGAGUCAGCUGUGUGGUCUGCGAGGACUGCAAAAAGAGCAUGUGCUCCAAGUGUGGCGUCCAGGCCAGCAGUAAGCCGCACGCUGUGUGGCUGUGCAAGAUCUGCAGCGAACAGAGAGAGGUGUGGAAGAGAUCUGGUGCCUGGUUCUUUAAGGGGUUUCCCAAGCAGUUCCUGCCCGGGCCCAUGCCCAUCUCCAAGCAAAAUGCCAAAAUGCCAGCAGCCCAGACUCCUGCCCCAAAGAGCCAGGCUGCUGCUGCUGCUGCUGCUGCUGUCCAGCCUCACACACAGGCUGCAGGCCCAGCGGAGACCCGCGCUCCCCCAGCCGGAUCGCAGCCUGCAAACACAGAGGUGUCGGGGCGUGCUGGUUACCCACCCGUGGCCACGAAGCCCUCCGUAGCUCCCAAACCGGCGCUGGCUCCAAAGCCCGCUGAGCCCUACGUGGCAGACGACGCUGCUCAGAACAGCCCUGUGGUGGUGAAGAGAGCUGUGACCGUCCAGAGCUCCAGACCUGGCCCCGCUGCCCAGCAGGAGCCCGACUCUGGAGGUUAUGCCGCCGGCGGCCUGCAGCGAGAGCAGACAGCGCCCCCUGCUGUGCGGGAGGAGAGGAGGCAGCCCGCCGCUCAGAACCCUCCGCCCGCCCGCCAGGCCCCGCGCCAGGAGGAGGCUGAGGACGAGGCCAACAGCUACGACUCCGACGAAGGAACAACGCUGGGUGCCCUUGAGUUUAGCCUUCUUUAUGAACAGGAGAACAACAGCCUCCACUGUAACAUCAUUAGGGGCAAGGGUCUGAAGCCUAUGGACUCCAAUGGGCUGGCUGACCCCUAUGUCAAACUGCAUCUGCUGCCUGGUGCCAGUAAGGCGACCAAGCUGCGCACGAAGACCCUCCGCAACACGAGGAACCCCAACUGGAAUGAAACGCUGGUGUACCAUGGACUCACCGAGGACGACAUGCAGCGGAAAACCCUCAGGCUGUCAGUGUGCGACGAGGAUAAGUUUGGCCACAACGAGUUUAUCGGAGAGACCAGGGUCCCGCUGAAGAAGAUAAAGACGAACCAAAAGAAGACCUUCAACAACUGCCUGGAGAGGGUGAUCGCUACAAAGAAAGCCUCCACAGCAGGAGGAGCUCGAGGCAUGUCUCUGUACGAGGAUGAGCCUGGUAAAGAUGGAGAGGUGGAGGAGCGCGGUCGGAUUCUCAUCUCUUUGAUGUACAGCACUCAGCUUGGCCGCCUCCUCGUAGGGGUGGUGCGCUGUGUUCACCUGGCCGCCAUGGACGCCAACGGCUACUCUGAUCCCUUCGUGAAAAUUUGCCUAAAGCCUGACAUGGGGAAGAAGGCCAAGCAUAAGACCGGGACCAAGAAGAAGACCCUGAACCCAGAGUUUAAUGAGGAAUUCAGCUAUGACAUCAAACACGCAGAGCUGGCCAAAAAAAUCCUGGACAUCUCCGUGUGGGACUACGACAUCGGCAAAUCCAAUGACUACAUCGGUGGCUGCCAGCUGGGCAUUCAGGCGAAGGGAGAGCGCCUGAAGCACUGGUACGAGUGCCUGAAGAACAAGGACAAGAAGAUCGAGCGCUGGCACACCCUGCACAAUGAGAACCACGACACCAGUGAUUAAGAGUCUCCCGGCUCCAUCCCCCCCCCCCUCACGACCGCCUGCAUGAAGUCCGCCCUCCUGAACGCCCGCCACUUGACGCCUUCACGCUUCUCCAGCUCCCUGCUAACCCAGACCUCAACUGUUUACAAUGUCCAGCCCUGUGCUUCUUAACUAAACUAGCAUUCUAUCAGCUUGGUCUCCCUUUUUGGCUUCCAUCUCCCUCUUGCACCCCUCUGCUAUGGACUGAGUUUACCCACUGCUGCACUGACCACUCGGAACCCGUUAACACUAAGUGCCCCUCGUACGGGCGUAUUUCUCUCAGCUCUGAACAUCGUUGCAGGGUAAUGUGCAAUCACUCCUGAAAUACUCAAGAAUGUAUUCAUUCAUAUCCAUCCGAGAGACAGAGAAAGAGAGAGAGAAAGAGAGAGAGAGAGAGAGAGAGAGAGAGGGAGAAAUUGAGAAAUCAUAGGUAACUGUUGGUGAGGAGAGUAGACAGACUCUGAGGUGGUCACUGAUGAAUCGUGGGAUUAUUCUAAUGUUCCAAAGUUUGUGUUCCGAAAGUUUCAAAUCGACUCUAAAAAAAACAGCGAGGCUUACUCACGAAGCUGAUCGUACGCAGUAAAAGCUGACACAGGUCGUGUAGGGGUGUGCAGCCUGCUAUGCCGGGCUUCGCUGCCGCCUUCUCUCAGCUGUCAGGUGAAGAGUCUUGACAUCUGAUCAGGCUAAAAAGGUGGAGAGAACACGUGUAGGAGCAUGAAGAAGAAGAAGAUGACGACGCCGUAACACAGCGCGCUCACCCAUCUCAAAAGAUCACUGAGAAAAGUUUGGUUUUGUACAUUCAAGUGUCUCAUCACAUCUUAGCAAAUGUCAAAAAGUUAUCAAAGAUAAUGUCAUAAAAGGGACAUCAAAGCUCACGCGCAGCAUGAUCGACACACAAGUGACUGGCCUGUGCUAUUGUAAUGCAAAUGCUGUGAGUGCUGACAGCUCCUUAGGAUUAUGUCAUUACUGUUCUUUCUGGUUUUAGAGUUAACCUGUAGUAUUAAUUAGCAAUUAGCAUUAUAAUUCACAUUAUUUAUGAUAUUUGGUGAUGAUUACUUAGCAUUGUAGAAUGGAAAUAUAUGUUGUCCAUUUUGCUAUAAGAACAAAAAAAAAAUCAGUUUAUGUUGAAGUUAGCAGCUUUGGACAUACAUGGCCUAGAUGCCCGUUUAUGGAGUUAUGCUUGAAGUCAUGUUCCUCAAUGUUAGAUACCCUGACAGACCUAUAUAGGUGAUUAGAGAUUGGUGAAAACAUAACAAGCAGAAAAACAGGAAAAAAAAUCAAGGCACAGAAACUACUGGUUGUUUACAUAAUGCCGUAAAAGUGCAAAUUGUCCCUUCUCUCUCAGACUCUUUGGGAUCGGGAAUCGUGUGAGAUUUCCGAACCACAGUGAUUUUACCUGAGGAGAGAACGGCACAUGCCUGCAUAAACUCAACACCACAUGCUCUUACUGCCUUGUCAUUCCUCCGGCAGGGGAAGGUGUUUAGAAUCGCGACCCCGAUGCUUGCGUUUGCGUCACGGAGCGAGAACGCUCUCCCUGCCCGUUCUUGCAUGCCAAGUGCUUUGUGGCCUCUCCCUCGUCUCAUGCCUGGGGCAGUCAUGCAGUAUGCUGAGGCGUCUCCAUUUGAACCCCACCCACUGCCCCCCGCCCCCC